AUGCUCGACUAUUCUCUCGAGAGUCCAGCCACGGUAAAUUAGAUGAAGGUUCGGCCUUGCGUGACUAAGCGUAUUGCUAGAUUUUAUGCAACAAAAUAAGAACUAGACGCGGGGAAUAAGUUGCGGGAGUGAAAGCAGGGGCAACUAAAAAAGGAAGGAAAAUAGAAGAAAUAAAAAAGGAGAGAAACAAGGAAGAAAGGAAGGACAUCCUUCCUCUUCCCGUGUCCUUCUCCAUCAAUUUUCCUUUAAUAGGAAUGAGCGAUAUUCACCGACGUCUUGACAAUCAUAUCAAAAAGACAAAUCAACGUGAGAAUGUCUCAUCGAUCGAUGAUAGGAAUCAAGAAAAUCUAAAUAAAUCCGAGUAUCUCGGUGAAGAUUUAAACGAAGAGGACAGAACAGAAGAGGAGAGGACUGAAAGAGUGAACUGCAAUCCGUUUGAUCAAGAAAAUAUCUCAAAACUAUCAUCGAUCAUCACGCAAGGCGAAAUAUCUCAAAAAGAUAAAGACGAUAGAUUGUUUUGCAAGUUUGAGAAGAACUCCAAUAAUUUCAUCAUUAACAGCUCGCAGAAUAAAUUUACAGAAGAAAGAAACAUGCAAGCAACGCAAAUCGAAGAGAUUGCAGUCGGUGAAAUUAAUUAUAGUAAAGAUGACGGUACAACUCGAACGAAGGAAGUAAUUAAGGAAGCCGUGCCAAUAACAACACGUAAACUUUCCACAAACGUGAAUGGUGAUGAAGUUAUUAGGAAACCAUCGAAAAAUGAUACGAUAAAAUCAGAUACAAGGAAGCUUAAAACCGUGACACUCGAUAGAGUCGGCAGGAUGUUUAAAUCUCGAGGGCAAACAUGUGAAAUGGAUAAAGCCGAAGUGAACUUGGACAAUGCAGUGAGUAUAACAGAAUCCGAGGAAAAAUAUGAUGAACAACCUUCGAGAAAGGACAAAACCAAUUCUUUGGGAAGAAUGUUGAAGUUGGUGGAUAAAGACGGUGCACCGAAGAAGCUUUUCUCUCAUCCACGUGCUGGAUCCUUGAGUAGGAUCUUUCGUAAGCAUUCGACUAAUGUGAACAUCGAAAACAUUGAUAAGACAGAAGAAGAAUCUCCCGGAAUUUUUUCAAGAAUGUUUAAUCAUCUAAGAGGUCGUUCGGCAAAUAGCAGAAAUAGGAGCAAUUCAAACAAUUUACGUGAAACAAUGGAAAAAGAGAAAUCCUCAUUACCUCCAAAACUACCAACGAGUUCGAAAAUAUUAUCCCAAAAGUCUUCGAAACCACCGUUGUCAUCGGUAUCCUCGUCGUCGUCAGCGACUGAAAAGCAACAACCAACGAGAUCAUCCCAAAGAACUUCUAAUCUAGCAUACAAACCUUAAAUUUCUCCUUGAUCGAUCGAUACAAAUUUAUAGCCUAUAAUCGUAGAAACGAACAAAAGAACAGAAAAAAAGCAAUAACAAAAAAAGACAACAUUAUACAGUGCACAGAAUGUCAACUUUAAGUGCAAUAUCUUUCUUCUUUUUUUGUUUUUUAUACAAGAACCGGCCAAAAGAAAAUCGUUGGACGAUAUUUUGUUGAAAAAAUAUUAAAUAGAGUAAUAAAUUUAUUUGUAAGUUCAAAA